AUGAAGGUCUUCGUAGCUCUCGCCAUUCUGGCCGUGGCAUCGGCUGCCCCACAGUUCGGUGGUGCCGGCUCCAACGCCAACGCCAAUGCCAACGCUGCGGCUGAAGGUCAGGGCGGACAGCGCGGACCUGGAUUCGGAGGCCCUGGCGGACAAGCAGGAUUCGGCGGACCUAACCACGGCGGACAUCAUGGUGGUCAUGGUGGUCGUCCUGGUGCUCAAGGCGGAUUUGGCGAAGCCGGAGGAUUCGGUGGUCCUGGAGGUAACUUCGGAGGCGGUCCCGGAGGAUUUGGUGGCCCAGGAGGCAACUUCGGAGGCCGUCCCGGAGGAUUCGGUGGCCCAGGAGGCAACUUCGGAGGCGGCAAUGCCGAUGCCAGCGCCAUGCAGAGCUAA